ACAACAUGGAUAGACUCAUGUUUGCAUUGAGUGGUUUCCUCGCAUUUGCGUUAGCACUGGACUGCGCAUGUGCAUCACCUGACAUUCAACGUAGCUGUGAAAAUGAACCACAAGCGGCUUACUUGAGCAUGAUGCGUGGAAGAAUUGGUAUAACAACAAAUCAGAUGCACAUGAUUGGGUCCGGACACUUCCGCGCACGACCAUGUCAUGAUAUGAUGCAGAUGAUGAGAGAAAAUAACAGACCGCGAUGUUUGAUGUACAGCUGUCGACGGUUUGCUGGUCGUCAAUUUACAGCAGCCAUAGGCUGUCCACGUACGGAAGUUCUCACAAACGGCUGUAUACCCAGGAAAGCGAUAUGUGAUCCAAAGUAUCCUUUUCGGACGACAACCGGCGUCUGCAACAAUCUCUUACACCCAGAAUGGGGUACCUAUGGUGCAAUGCAGCGGCGUAUAGUUCCAAAUGCCUACCAUGACGGCCAUUCAACUCCUCGGGUGUACUCAUCUUGCUCGGGGAGCGAGUUGCCACCACCCCGUGUAAUCAGCAACAAGGUCCACGCGGCAGGCCAAGUGGCGAGGUUUGAGAUGAACUUGUCCUAUUUGGUCAUGCAAACGGGGCAGUUUCUAGCACAUGAUUUUAUACGCACCAAGACAUUUACACGGGAUGACCAAGAACCCCUGCAGUGCUGUCAACAAGACUCAAAAUGCCCUGAAUGUUUCCCUAUUUCUCUACCAAUGUUUGAUCCGAUGAAAAAGCCGUGCAUGUCAUUUUCCAGAUCAAAUGCCAAAUAUGAUUGCUCAAAGGUUCGUCAGCAGAUUAAUUUCGCUACAUCAUAUGUGGACUUGUCAGUUUUGUAUGGAGCGAGGGAAGAAACGGCACGGGACCUUAGGACAUUUGUUGGUGGUCAGCUGAAGUCUAUACACACCAAGCUUACCGUUGACCCGACUGAUAGUACAUGUGAACUGAAAGGAACAUUUCAUCCCACGAAGAACUACUGUCCUUUAUCAGGUGAUCCGAGAGUAAAUGAACAGCCGCUCAUGUCAUCCUUCCACACAAUAUUCAUGCGAGGACAUAACAGUAUUGCGACUGGCUUGUCCAACGUCAAUCCACAUUGGGGAGACGAGAUGCUGUAUCAGAUUGCCAAAAAGAUCCUGAUUGGUGUUUGGCAGAAUAUCGUUUAUGGGGAGUACCUUCCUCAAACUAUUGGACUUGCUGCGAUGGUCAGCAAUAACAUCCAGCUUGCGCCGAAAGGCUACAAGGACACGUAUAACCCACUUGUUGACGCUACAACACUGAACGUUGGUGGCCUGGCCUUCCGAUUUGGUCAUUCGACCGUUCGGCGAGAUAUAGCCCUUCUAGAUAAACACUACAAGAAUCCAACCCCACCGGAACCUUUGUACAAUCACUUCUUCAAGGUUCCUCUGUACCACGCAUUCAAUGGUCAGGCAAUAGACGAUAUGCUGCGCUGGACUUCUAAUGCCAAGAGUUCCGGAUUAGACAGAUAUCUCGAACCGAGCGUGCAGCAGAUGUUGUACAAAGACGACACCGGCGAGGUGUUGGAUCUUGCAUCUUUCAACAUUCAAAGAGGUCGUGAUCAUGGGUUGUCUGGUUACAACGCCUACCGUCACGUGUGCGGCCUCAGCGUCGCAAAACAUUUCGGUACAGGCCCUGGAGGCCUUGUCGACAUGGACCCGGACACUGCCAUGCAUCUGAAAAAAAUAUACAGUUGCCCAGACGAUAUAGACAUUUGGACGGCCAUAAUAUCAGAGAGAAGGUACGACGACGCAUGGGUGGGACCUGUGGGCCAGUGUAUUAUCGCAAAAUUGUUCAAGCGUUUCAGAGACGGCGACAGGUUCUUCUUUGAGCGACCGGACCCAAUAGUUGGCUUCACGCCUCCCCAGCUACACGCAAUUAAAAAGAUAACACUGUCUGCAUUGGUCUGUGCAACUACUGACAUGCUCGAAAUUCAGGAGAACAUUUUCAGGACUGACCAGAUGAAGAAACCUUGCGCUCUGUAUCCGAAAGUGGAUCUGGACCUUUGGAAAACACAUGCGUGAACAGUAUCGAUUACACUCCUAAUACAAGUCAUAUAGAACAAUGACAUAUCAAUUUCUAACAUCAACCUUAGUUAUUCUUUUGAUCUAAUGUAAUUUGGUAUAUUCAUCGAAUCUUUAUUAUGUUCAAAUACGUUAAAAAUGUAUAUUAGUUUGUAAUUAUUGAUAGUUGAA